UUCCAACUAGAGGAGAGAGCCAGAGAAUUUGAAACCCCAGCAGUCGUUCCUGUUCAUGGUCACUUCUUUGAUCACAUUUUCCGAAGACACAUCUCCGAGUUUGUGCCCAAGGCAGACUGCUUGAGUAGCGCAGACGGUUUUUUCAGUGUCCUGGUGCAGCUUGAAGAAAAGUUCAAAGUGUCCGACAUCUGAACUCACCAUGAAAGUAGGCUACUUCUUUUCUAUUCUCCUCAGCGUGCUUGCUCAGCUCUCUCAGGCCCAAUACCACUACCAAAACCUGAUGAACUACCUGGAAAGCCGAAUGGCUGUUUUGGAGGAACGUAUCACAUUAUGGCAAGAGCAGAACAACCGUUACAACACUGACCUGAAGAAUUUUAGGCAUCAGGCUGCAGAUCUGCUGGAGAAACUGGGCAAGGAGCAUGAGAGUCUCCGGGGAGACCUGGAGGGAGCUGGGGUGCGGGUGGACCGAGUGGAGCGUGAAAUGGACUACAUCGAAACCAAAAACCCACCCAAACCUUGUGUUAAAGCAGCGGACAAAAUGGUUGAACAAAGGCCGGUGACAAAGGAGAGGAAGAAGAAGGAUGAGUUCUUUGAGGUUUCAGUUUGCACCGACAUUGUGUCACAUAUCCGAGCUAUGAAGAUCCUGAAAAGACUGGGCAGCACCAAAGGGGUCUGGACUAAAGAUGCCAGGACAGCUAAGGUCUACGUCUUUAAUGGAACGUAUGAGGACACUCUGUAUGAGUUCAAGUCAGUAAAAGAGCUUUCUGCAUCAUCUGGCUUGUCCAAAGGCCAGCAGAUUAUCCUCCCUUCUACAUGGAAUGGUACGGGCCAUGCUGUCUAUGAUGGCUUCCUUUACUAUGUAACUGAAAGAUCUGAGUUGCAGGUGAUUAAGUUUCAUCUGGAGAAUAGAACGUUGGUGGAUAGUGCAGUACUUCCAGUACAGGACCAGUUGUCAGUGUUCAGCUUCAACCCAGAAACCAUAGUCGACCUUAUUGCAGACGAUGAGGGACUCUGGGCUUUAUACACUGUUGGGGACACCAUUAACCUGGCCAAGAUGGACGCUGACACACUGGACAUCGAGCAGAUGUGGGACACAGCAUGUACCAGAAACAACGCUGAAGCAGCAUUUUUUCUUUGUGGCACCCUGUAUGUCGUCUACAACACUAGACCCCCCAGCCGCUCUAAAGUCCAGUGUGUAUUUGAUGUUAAUGACAUGGUGACCCCUGAAGAAGCCCCACUUAUCUACUUCCCUAGGCGCUUUGCUGCUCACUCCAGUCUGAAGUAUAAUCCUGUUGAGAAGCAGGUGUAUGCUUGGGAUGAUGGUUACCAGAUUCUCUACAGGAUGUCCCUGAAGAAGAAGCUGUGGACCAUAAUGCCACCUCCGGAGGAAUAACUGCUCAUGCAAAGAGACUACAAAAAACAAACACCUGACUGGAAAGAUUGUACAGUACAUUAUUAUUAACACACACUCAGAACUUUAAAAUAACUCGCACAUUUUUAUAAAGGUAAAUAUAAAAAAAAAUACAUUAGUACAAGGCAAUAUGUCAUAGUUCAUUAUUGUGUCACAGUUUUUAAAGCAUUUGUUCAAGUAUGUUAAAUCGUAUGAAAUCCAUCAAAACAUUAUUUCUUAAUAUAACAUUCAAGGAAAGUAUUCAUGAGAUCAGAUCAGCUGCUAAAACAAUAAAUCAAGAAAACAAUUCUUAUUGGCUUUGGUGCCACUUUAUAAUGAUGUGACUAUUUGUGCUCGUCUCUGAGAAUUAAUCUGUGAUAAAAAACAAAGAAUCAGAAGAAAUUAAAUGACUCAUUUGACAACUUUAUUUCUGCUUGUUUGAAAUACAAGUACAGUUGUUCAACAGUUUUCUUACAAGUACAAAUUAGCAAUAUAAAAUUGGAAAGUCGUUAAAUUCACAAAGGAGAGGAACAAAGGUUCUUAAAUUACACAGAACAAAGUUACUUGAAGUCGUUAUACAGAUUCCACCUACACCAGAAACAGACCGUGUCUAUAGUGUUGGGGCCUGAGGACAUCAUAAACAAGGUUGGUACAGGUAGGAGUCAAAGCAGUACAUCAGGUUGUCAAGUCAUCAGAUGGUCACCUGCAGUUAUUCACCAAAAUAUUUAAUCUAUUUCAUUACAUAGAAACAUGUAAACCUCAACAAGUGUAGUGUACUGUAUGAUCUUCUAUUAAGUAUCUACUUUCAAAUGGUGAUAUCUGGUUUUCAGGAACUGCAGUGAACAGUCAGGGAAUGAGAGUAAUGCUCAUCGUUUCUAGGGAGUUGCACAGUCCAUGUGCAUUUAUCACUAGCAGCUCUUUCACAGAUGUUAAGUCCACCAUAAUCCUCCUCGAGCGCCUCUUGAUUUAAAACACACCACAGCACGGCGAUGUGACAUCCAAGAGGAAGUGUCUAAUCCAAUCUAAUGCUGUUCCCAUGUGUUCUACACCCUAAUGUCAAGAUUUUAAAGCAAAUAAGAAUGUCUAUAGAGCACUGAACUUAAUGUGAUUCUAUGUUAUAGUGUACAACAGAAAUGUGGCAGCCUGAAAAAAAAAAAUCUAAUAAACGGUCUCCUCACAAUUGGCAUGUUCAGUAUAUACAUUUUGCCCCACACCGCUAUACAUACAUAAAUAAAUUAAUUUAUUGUUUUUGGCCUCACAACAUUGAAGAGUAGGGGUUGCAGGUGGGAAUGCAUGUGAUAGCGCCUUAAAAUUGAGAUUUUUUUUAACUGUUAAAGGUACAAAUCGUGUUCAGUAGUAUCAAGUUUGCUGCUCCCUUUGGGCACUUCAGUUUCCUCCCACAAUCCAAAGUCGAGGUGUAUGCUGAUUGGCAUUUCCAAGUUGCCCAUAUGCCGUAUGACUGGGUGUGUGGUUACAGUAUGUGUGCUCAUGCCCUGCAAUCAGCUAGAAUCCCACUCUGGAAUACAGCAGGCUCCAGGUCACCCAUAACUCUACACAGGAUAAGCGGUAUAGAUAACAACUGCAUGGAUGAUUUCAUUACUACGUUAAUGAGUAUCAAAGCAAAACAAAAGUUUGCUGCUCGGAAUACGUCUACAUGAGAUAUUUCCUUCAGAAAAAACUAUUUGAACCCACCUUGUUUAACUAAGUAAUCUCACUGGGAUGCUGCAAAUUUAUACUAAAGAGCUGCUGCUGUAACCACAAUCAUAAAGUCCUGCGCUCUUAGUCUGCUUGUACUGAACAUUUCAGUGAACUUUGAACUGUCUCUACUAACCUACACCUGUAUGCUGUCUUUUUCCAUUUUUCUUUCCAGUCAGAUUUUGCUGCCCCAAGGUUCCCUGGAUAAGCAUCAGGCUUCCUGUGAGCCUACACAGGGGUUAAAGUUAUAGACAAUGGAUAUAUACAGUACAUUCACUGGCCACUGUUUUAGGUAAACUUUACUAGUUGGACUGGAUUGGACCACUUUUGCCUUUAGGACUGCCUUGCUUCUUCUUGGCAUAGAUCCGACAAGAUGGUGGAAACAUUCCUUAGAGAUUUCAGUCCAUAUUUACAUGAUAGCAUCACACAGGUACUGCAGGCUUGCUGGCUGCACAUCCAUGAUGCAAAUCUUCUGUUCCACUACAUCCCAAAAUGUGCUCUAGUGGAUUGAGAUCUGGUGACUCUGGAGGCCAUUUGUGUUCAGUGAACUGAUUGUCUCAUUCCAGAAACCAGUUUGAGAUGAUUGUAGUUUUGUGAUAUGGCACGCUAUCCUUUGGUCAUAAAGGGAUGCACUUGGUCAGCAGCAACACUCAGUUAGGCUAAGAGGUGGUACCCUAGAAACAGCUAUGCAUGAAAAUCCCAGUAGAUCAGCAGUUUCAGAAAAGUUUUAAAUGGCAAUGUGAUUGGCUGAUUGAAUAUUUGUGCUAACAAGCAGUGUACCUAAUUAAGUGAUUGUUGAGUAGAGUGUAUAUACCCAACUACAUGCACGUUUUGAACAUGAUGUGUGGGUUUAAAUUACUUUUACAUUUUCAUAAUAUUAAAAGUACUUCUUAAAAUGUACUACAUUUGGCAGUUCAUUAUAUUAUUAAGUAAAAUUUUCCUGAAAACAUGGUGGUUAUGGUACAUUUUUAAAGUAAGAAAAACAACAGGAGAACAGAGAUAAGACAAAUGAUCUCCUACUAAUGGAAUAAAGGUGAAGGGGACAAGGACAAUUAGCAUAUGCAACUGUCAACUUGCUUUGAGUGGGAGAAAAAACUGAAGACUGACAUUUUGGAAUAUUUUUGAGUGAUAACUUGUCUCAUUGUAAUCUAAUGUCAAAAUGUUGUGAAGGUCCUAGGGCAAAAUGUGCAAAAGUCAGCAGGACUGCAAUAAUAUUUCUGAUGGAUUUCCCAGACUGCCACACAAAGAGCAUCAUAACGUUCACAAAGCAAGAACAUCAGUUAUAGCAUUAAAAUAUGAAAACCUGGAAAUCACCACAUCACAAAGGACAAACAUGAGCUUGUUCAUGUUUUUAGGUUAAACAAUUAGGAAAAAUAACUAGAUGGAACAAAAAUUUACAAAAUGCUAAUUUUAACUUAUAGACUUUUGGCCCCUCCCCAUUAGAUGGUUUUGGCUUUAUUGCAUGUUUUAAAUUCCUAUUUAUAUAAUUUUUAUCACUUUGUGCUCUUAUCUGAUAUGACAUUUGUCACAAAUUAACAUGAAAUGUCAUCGGACAUUCAUUUCAUGGUUUUAAUCACCCUUGGAGGAUGAUAUAACAGCUUUGAAUUAAAUUACUUGUAUUAAGUGUUGUGCGCUAGAUUGUGAUGGAGAAGAAAUGCAACCUGCUUCCAUAACAAAAUAAAACAAAAGUAUUUCAUUA